AUGAACACUCUCUCCGCUUGUCCAUACUGUGGCGUGCAGCUCGGACUUUCCUCUAUAAAGACACAUGUGGCUCUAUGUGAACAUCGUUCUAGCCGAAGUCGAAGUAGUAGUGGCACAAAUAAUAAUAAUAAUAAUAAGAAAAGGGUUUCUGUUGUUUCUCUUCGACGCAGUCGGGAGAGUGAGGCAGAAGCACCGUAUAGUUCUGAGACGAGUCCCAGUGUGACGACGUUAAUUCCUCCGCAUUCCGCAGGGCAUUUGGAAGGGCCGGCAACAUUUCGUGUGGAUUUGCGGUCCAUCUCUAGUGAGAAAUCAAAUGGAGAAAAUAAUGGAAUAAUGGGGAAUCAUUGGACCUAUUCGGGUUCGAAAAAACUUGAAUGGACGCGUCGAGGUUCCCCUUCAUUACCUUCACCUCCACAAGCUUCUAGAGAUAGACAAAUUGAAAAAGAAGAAGAAAAACCGAAGAAAUGGGAAACUUUGGAGUCUACAAAUGUGAAAUCUUCUGAAGAUCCUAAUUAUAUGUGGAACAGGAGAGAAAACCAUGGAGAAGAAAAUGCAACAGGUAAUGGUAAUGGCAGCAAAUCUUCUUCUGUUGUUGACAAUAAUCAACUUGCGGAAAGGGUUUCUCAGUUGGAGAUGAUAAAUAAAGAAUUACGUGAUUCCUUGACUUUAGAGAUAGAAGCACGAAAAGAAUCUGAGAAGAAACUUAAAUCUUUUAUGGAUUCCACUGAGAAAGAGAUAUCAACCCUUCGUGCACUUGUAGUUGGUGCUAGUAAAAGUGCAGAGGCUGCUCAUUAUAGUGUUAGAGAUGUGGAGAAACGAUUAGAAGUAGUUGCGACAUGGGAAGCAGUUGAGGAAGUUCAACAGAGAUUAAAUGAUUUACUUGCAUCUCCAAAUAUACCGCAACAUUUAAAUGGAAGUUCAUCUAAUACAGUAGAAGGAGCUGUUUUAACAAGACUCUAUAUUGAUAAUGAAUCAACUCAAUCCAAUGACUAUAAUAAAGAUGAGUUGUUUCGUGAGAGGAAGAUAUCUUCAUUGAAACGAGAAAAAAAACAACAACAACAACAACAACAACAACAACAACAACAACAGCUGCAGCAGAAACAGCCGCAACAGUUUAUAUCGAAUGGGACACUGUUUUUAAACAAAGAUACUGGAGAAAAGAUUGCGGAGCUUCUUCAUUUGGAGCCGACCGCUGUUAUACGCACACAUAAUUACAAACCAGCAAUACUUAAUACAAGUAUUACCUCUGGUAGAGGUUAA